GUAAGUAAUAGUAAUAAUAAUAUUAAUAAUCUUGUAUGAAGUACACGAGACAGCGUAGGCUGCACAGCAGAGAGCUUACGGACAAACGGCUGCGCCUGAAGCAUCAUCUGAACAUGAUAUCUAUGAACAGAGAUGUUACAUCCAUGCACGGUAUUCGCUUUGAGACGUGAAGCAUGUUAGAGUAGGAAAUGGAUGUUGUGAGUGGUCAGUGUUGCGCUCGCGUUGCUCUCGGCUCGACGUCAGUGUGAGUGCAGCAGUGCAGUAGACAGCAUUACACGAGCAGCCUGCGCUCGUCGCUGCCGCUUCUGCCUCCUGCGCGUCAAGCGAUCCGCUACACUAGCUCUCAUCACUCAUCCCCGUGUUGCUCUGCUCUUCCAGGCCACCCGUACAUGGAUUUCUCCUGGAUUUCCCUUCUCUAACAUGGACGCCCGGUCGGAAGGUUGCUCCUUUGCGCAGUGAGACGGACAUGCGGAGCAUCGCUGAUACGGAGUGUCCUCUUCUGUCUCAGUGACCAUGCCGUGAUCACAUCGCUGACAAAAACACCUCCAAAGCAGAAAUAAGUGGGAAUCUAACGAUCCAUCCAGGGGAAUGACAUGCAGUGUAUCGCAGGCAUCAUGAAGAUGUGCUCUCCUCUGGUAACUCAUCAGAGAUGGCUUGGGCUGUUGCUGCUCUUACUGUGUGUGGGAUAUUCUCACGGGAUGCCACAUGUGUUAAGAUUCGGGGGGAUAUUUGAAUCCAUUGAAAGUGGGCCAUCUGGUGCUGAAGAACUUGCCUUUAAGUUUGCUUUAAAUACAAUCAACAGGAACAGAACUUUACUGCCAAAUACCACACUCACAUACGACAUCCAAAGGAUAAACAUCCACGACAGCUUUGAGGCCUCCAGAAAAGCUUGUGACCAGCUCUCUCUGGGCGUGGCGGCCAUCUUCGGUCCCUCCCACAGUUCUUCGGCCAACGCGGUGCAGUCCAUCUGUAACGCUCUGGGGGUGCCGCAUAUCCAGACCAAGUGGAAGCACCAAGUGUCAGACAACCGCGACUCCUUCUAUGUCAGCCUUUACCCAGACUUCUCCUCCCUCAGCAGAGCCAUCUUAGACUUGGUUCACUUCUUCAAGUGGAAAACGGUCACUGUGGUUUACGAUGACAGCACAGGGCUGAUUCGAUUACAGGAGCUCAUCAAGGCUCCGUCUCGUUACAACAUCCGUUUAAAAAUCCGGCAGCUACCAGCAGAAACAAAAGAUGCCAAGCCCCUUCUUAAAGAAAUGAAACGAGGGAAAGAGUUUCAUGUGAUCUUUGACUGUGGUCAUGAAAUGGCAGCUGGCAUCCUUAAACAGGCUCUUGCCAUGGGAAUGAUGACGGAGUAUUACCACUACAUUUUUACUACCCUGGAUCUCUUCGCAUUGGAUGUGGAGCCCUAUCGCUACAGCGGGGUCAACAUGACAGGAUUCCGGAUCCUAAACACAGAGAACAGCCAGGUGUCCUCCAUCAUUGAAAAAUGGUCCAUGGAGCGUCUGCAGGCGCCUCCUAAACCAGACUCUGGCCUGCUGGAUGGUUUCAUGACAACAGAUGCUGCCCUGAUGUAUGAUGCAGUACAUGUGGUGGCCGUGGCCGUCCAGCAGUCUCCUCAAAUCACUGUCAGCUCGCUCCAGUGUAAUCGCCACAAGCCCUGGCGCUUCGGAAACCGCUUCAUGACGCUCAUCAAAGAGGCCCACUGGGAUGGUUUGACCGGGCGGAUAAAUUUCAACAGGACCAAUGGCCUGAGGACAGAUUUCGAUCUGGAUGUGAUCAGCCUGAAGGAAGAGGGGCUAGAGAAGAUUGGGACAUGGGAUCCUGCAAGUGGUUUGAACAUGACGGAAAACCAAAAGGGAAAGGCAGCCAAUGUGUCGGAUUCUCUCUCCAACAGAUCGCUGGUGGUGUCCACUAUAUUGGAAGAGCCUUACGUGAUGUUCAAGAAGUCAGAUAAGCCUCUAUACGGUAACGAUCGCUUCGAGGGCUACUGCAUCGACCUGCUGCGAGAGCUAGCUGCCAUCCUGGGCUUCACCUACGAAAUACGACUGGUGGAGGAUGGCAAGUACGGAGCGCAGGAAGAGAGCACGGGGCAGUGGAACGGCAUGAUCCGAGAACUGAUGGACCAUAAAGCUGAUCUUGCAGUGGCGCCCCUGGCCAUCACGUACGUGCGGGAGAAGGUCAUCGACUUUUCCAAACCCUUCAUGACGCUGGGGAUAAGUAUAAUGUACCGCAAACCCAACGGCACCAACCCGGGGGUGUUCUCCUUUCUCAACCCCCUGUCCCCCGACAUCUGGAUGUAUAUUCUGCUCGCUUACUUGGGUGUCAGUUGUGUGCUGUUUGUCAUAGCCAGGUUUAGCCCCUACGAAUGGUAUAACCCCCACCCGUGCAACCCUGACUCAGACGUGGUGGAAAACAAUUUCACCCUGCUAAAUAGUUUCUGGUUCGGAGUUGGAGCUCUCAUGCAGCAAGGAUCAGAGCUCAUGCCCAAAGCCCUUUCCACCAGGAUAGUAGGAGGCAUCUGGUGGUUUUUUACCCUAAUCAUCAUCUCCUCCUACACGGCCAACCUAGCCGCCUUUCUUACCGUGGAGAGAAUGGAAUCUCCAAUCGACUCGGCCGAUGACUUGGCCAAGCAGACCAAGAUUGAGUAUGGAGUGGUGGAGGAUGGUGCUACAAUGACCUUCUUUAAGAAAACAAAGAUCUCCACGUAUGACAAGAUGUGGGAGUUCAUGAGCAGUCGAAGACAUUCGGUGAUGGUGAAGAGCAUUGAAGAAGGGAUUGAACGUGUGCUCACCUCUGAUUAUGCUUUCCUUAUGGAGUCCACCACCAUCGAAUUUGUCACUCAGCGCAACUGCAACCUCACGCAGAUCGGAGGCCUCAUAGACUCCAAGGCCUACGGGGUCGGCACCCCAAUGGGGUCCCCAUACCGAGAUAAGAUCACCAUCGCAAUCCUGCAGCUACAGGAGGAAGGGAAGCUGCACAUGAUGAAGGAGAAGUGGUGGCGAGGAAACGGCUGUCCAGAGGAGGAGAAUAAGGAAGCCAGUGCGCUGGGAGUCCAGAACAUCGGUGGCAUUUUCAUAGUGUUGGCUGCGGGACUCGUCCUCUCUGUGUUUGUGGCAGUUGGGGAGUUUCUCUAUAAGUCCAAACAAAACGCACAGCUGGAAAAGACAGUGCCUGUAUCUGGACAGCAAACAAUCCUUCUUGAUGUAAGUCUCUGAAGACAGAAGGGCUUGGGCUUUACUUGCUCAAAUGGCCAGCAUUGUGUCAUCUCGCCUCAAAAGAUGUGUUGUUUUUCACCAUAUCCACUUCACUCGUAUACUUGAUCUACUUAGCCAUUGAAUGCUUGAAGUGUACAGUCAAUAAUGCAGUAGUAAAAAAAAAAAAAGAAUACUUGAAAUGAAUGAACUCCAGUUCUCUCACUCACAUUUUUCUUCUCACGUCACAAAUAUAAUGUUUAAGCACAUACAGUAGUAAACAUUUGAAGUGUAUCAAAAAAGUUCAUCAACAUUGUCUUAAGACAAGAACACAUUUUGGUUUUAGGUUUUAGGUUUUAAGACAACUUUGAUGAAAGGAUUUGACACGCUCUCAUAGAAUUUAUUGUCAAUUAAAAUUCUGCUAAUGAGCUGUGGUUUCACUUACUAGACUAAAUUGCAGGUUUGCUUGAUAGUAUUUUAUUUUAUUUUAUUUUAUUUUAUUUUAUUUUAUUUUAUUUUAUUUUAUUUUAUUUUAUUUUUUAACUUCCCUUUCCAGUUGACGUUAUUACUGUUUAGUCCACACAGUCUCAUCUUCAAGGGUAUUUUCUCUUGAAUUCUCUUUAAAAUAACCAAAUGUCACUUGAGUGGAUGAACUAAGUACAGAGUUCUCUUUGCAUUUACACUGUCCUAUUAGAAUGUUAUUAAUCAGCUUUAAUACAUGUCAUAAUUUCUCCACUUUUUCCACUGAGCCUUCAUUUUUGGAACUGAAAGAAGGCAUUUAAUCGCCCUUGUUUAUUUUAAUAAUAUGUUUUUCUGCAGUCAUUAAAAAAAGAAAGUCAGAAUGGCAAUUUGUCUGUAAUUACCACACAAAUAGAAUAAUCAUUUCAAGUCAUUUCAAGUCAUCACAUUUGCUUUACUUUAAUAUGGGAGGCCAUAAUGUCCCAGUGAUGAAUUAAACUGAAGUUGCCAUGCCAUGUGUUCACAUUGCAAAGCAGCAAACUGCAUUUUAGACACAUAAUUGGUCUAAGUUUGGUUAACUUUAAAGAGAUCUUAGUUUGUUUGAAGCAUUUGCGUAUAAGCUCAAAAAUUUGCACUCUAAAUAUGGAUAACCUAGAUUGUCUUACAAUGACAGCAUCAACCUGCCAACUUAAGGUUUUUUUUUUUUUUUUUUUUCUCCAAAAAGCACAGCUCCGUUUAUUCACUCUCAUUGUAUUGAUCUCUUUAAGUGCUUUUAUUUGUUUGCUGUAAGUCAUCGUAUUGACAUUCACGGAUAUUCUGGCAAUGCAUUAUUUUGCUGCCUGAUCCUGGUUUAAUGAUUUUAACGGCAUGAUAAGCCUACCGGCCAAUGAUACUGAUCAUCAAUCUAGAGCCAAGUUUAGGAGUGCCUUUCUAUAUAGAGAUACACAAAAAGAAAAAGACUUAUAGUUCAGUGCAUUUAUAAGUUUGUUAGCUACUGUGUAAAUGGUAAUGUUCUCAAUGAAAGUUAUUAUAAAGUAUUACUGAGAAAAUCUAGCUUGUUUACACUGGGGGUCCCUGGGUUGGCUGCAAGUCUGGGGUGCGUUUUUCAAAAGAAUAGUUAGUUUAUAAUAGUUAAUAGUUUUUCAAAAUCACAUAGUUAGUUAUAUGUUUCAUUCCAUACAUAUAAACAUUUCAUUAUAUGUACUGUACAUGUAUUUUGAAAACCAACAAAAUAAGGGAAAACAAAAAUUGCCAAGCAGUCCUUAGAUGCCAUGUUUAUUAUUUACAGCAAUAUACUGGCAUUAAUUUAAUCUUAAACUGAUUAAUUAGUGGUAAUUAUCACUCCACCACUUGCUUGAUGACAUUUAACAACAUUUCUAACCAACAUGGUUCAAACAACAGACGUGCAACAAAGUACUUACAUUUUUUAAGGAAACAGUCAUGACUAGCUAGAUAGUUUCUACAACAAUGCUUCACUACAGGGGUUAAGCAGUGAGUUAUGUCAUUAUAUUAGAAAAGAACCACUGGGUGGAUGUAAAGGUUGAAAAUGGCUUUAAGGCUAAAUUUAUUUUAUAUUUUAUAAUUUAUUUUUAGGAACACAAUCGUAAAUAUAGGCUUUAUGAAACAUAUUGAGUCAAUCAGAGUGCUGAGGCUUCAUGAUCUAAAUGAAAGUGUCAAAUUCCAAAUUAUUGAUUUUGAUAGUAUGUUAAUUCAAUACAUAGCAAUGUUAUGAAAAAACAUAUGCUUGACAUUUAAAACAGGUAUCAAAUCUUGUGACUGAAAAUAAUCGAGAGGCAAUUAAAGUAUUUUUGUACAAGACUGGCACUGCUGUCCUUUGUUCAGUAUUCUCUUACACUAUUCUGCAGAAGGAAGAAAAAAAACAAACAAAAAAAAAACAUCAUAAUGCAUUCCCCGUUGCUCCUUAGCAGCGCAUCCCUCCAGAAAUUUGCAUUUUUUAAUUGCCUCUAUUUUGUAAGAUUAGGAAAGAGCCAACAGUCUGACCAACAAUCUUAUUGCUUCAGCUAAAACUGUAUAGAUGGUUCUAACGUAAUGUGAUGUAGAUAUCCUGCCACCAGAAAAUAAACACAAAAACAGAUUUAGUUUGAUCUUGUUAAAAUAAUUUACAUCGGUAAUAAAAGUUCACGGGUUCAACAGAAUGGUGUAUAAUUUUAGCAAAUACAUUAAAUAUUGCAUGAGAACUGCAACAUUUUUAUUUUGUUGAAUUGUUCAUGGUUUCUUUAUGUAUUUUAUAAAGAUUUGUUUGGUGCAUCUUUAUUUUGAUUUUGAUUUAUUUCAAGAUCACACAUACUCAGAGGCACAUAUAAAUUCAUGUUUAAAUAAAAUGAUUACCAUAAUGUUUCUGCUUCUCGUUUUCCUUUUUUGCACAUUUUACAUGGAUAUUCUUAACCAUUUCUGCUUUCUGCUGCUGAAUUUAUUUUACUAAAUUUUACCUGUAACUUUGCUCCUGAAAGUCCCCACUGUCCAAUACAAACAUAUCUUAAUGUGUUAACACAUUUCUUCUUUUUGUUUUAUAUGUUGAUGUUCUAUAUCCAGUUUGUCACUGACAUAACCACAAAGUUUUCUGAUCAUGCUGUUGGUUCCAAUGAAAAUUAAAAACAUACAUGCGUAUACACAACAUACUGUUUAAAUGUUAUUCUUUGGAAGCCAUGUAUCACACUUUGUUAUAUUUAAUUUCAGAAAUUUUUCUCUUAAAAUUUAUAAUAAUAGAAUAAAUAAAACUGUUAUUUGCAUUUCUAAUUUUGGUAAGACUUUACUUAGAGCCUUUAUG